AUGAGCAAUGAGGCAGGACCGUCAACCAUCACAGCUCCAGAGCAAGCAGAUCUUGCACCAAAAAGCCAAAUAUAUGAAACAAACCUCAUGGAAGAUAUCUUUGAUUACUCUAUAGUGACAAGUAAUGAUGUCAGUAUGGCAAGAGAUAUGCUUGCGAACGAACGAAACUGGCUUACAUGGCUUCGGCUUUCGUGUACACUUAUCAUCUUAGGAUUUACCGUUCUCCUGAGGCUCCGACUGCCAGAUCCUUCAGAAGAGACAGUCAAUGAUAAUCCAACACGACCAAUUGGAUACGUGUUUAUUGCUGUUGGCUUGGGAUGCUUGUUUGUAGGUAUUGGCAAGUACUUUAAGAAUCAAAGAUUGCUUCUCAAGCAAGCAACUUUUGUACAGGCGGGAUGGGGGAGUUUCGUCAUGGUCGGCAUAUUGGCUAUCUUUACUUGUACCAUCAUGAUCAUUGCAUCAACCUCUUGA